UUUUUCCCCACUGUCACACAAUGUAAAUAUUAUUCCAACUCAUUUUCAUUCUAUGACAGUGACUGUCUACAGUACAGGAUGUGCAGGUCUGUUACAAACUGAAUUUUGUGUGAUUGCAUCUUUUUUGUUGUUGCUAAUAGUUUUCCAUAGAAACCUGCAACACAACAACCACUUUUGUAAUUUCUGUUCACAUGUUUCCAGUUAAAGAUGAAUACAGUAGAUCUCUAAACACGAGGCACUGCCUCUCCCAGCAGCUGGAACGUUUUUAUUGGUCUCUGGGCUCUUGGCUCUGCAUCACAGCAAUAAACACAAACACAUCUGGUAUUAUUCACUGUGCAUUUUAUACACUUCUAUACUGCAGACCACCAUGUUGUUCUGUUUGGUCUGGCGCAUUAAAAAUCCUUUUCUGGACUAUUUAAAAUACACAAAGUUGUAACUUGAUCAUAAUUAUAAAACCUAGAUGGCUUUGCGCUUUACAAUGUAUCAUGUCUGUUAUAUAACAUCCUAUUUUCCCACAGAGUUUGUGAACAAGUGAUGCGUCACCACUUCAGCUGUGCACCACUGCUGCACUGACUUGAAUGUAAUGACAUCAGGGUGAAAGUAUUCGCUGGCAGUGUAGGCUACUUGCUAAACAGGGUGGAUGUUAUGGACUAUGAUUCACUGGGCUGCACAUUUCUCUGCAGCUCUUCUCUUGAAGAAUGCUAUCUCACCCGAUUAUUGGAAAAUCAUGUAGGAGAGGUUGUGUAGUCUGGUGCAGAAAAAGGACUUGGAUAGAGCUGAAAAAUGCCCAUGGGUCAUAGUUUCUCAACCGUGACCAUCAUGCUCCAGAUAUGUGUGAUGAUGUGUUUGCUGUCAGUUGUCUUCUCUCAAUCAACACAUUCCUUGCCCAAGAAAGGUCGCAACAUCACCAUCCACUCCUCACAGCUGGUCUGCAGCAUUCCAGGCCCAGCAGGGCCUGCUGGUAACCCCGGAGCCCCUGGAUCUCCAGGGGCCAUGGGCCCCAUGGGGCCCCCUGGGAAGGAUGGCCCGGAUGGGAAGGAUGGAGAGAAGGGACAAAAGGGAGCAGCAGGUGAUCCAGGGAGGACAGGGAACCAAGGCAAGCCAGGUGUGAAAGGGCGGGAAGGUAUCAUCGGCAAAGCUGGACCUCGAGGACUGAAGGGGCCGCGAGGAAUACCGGGUAUAGCUGGAAAACGAGGACAAAAAGGAGAGCCAGGCGACACGGGCCAGCAAGGAGCUCCAGGAGGGUGUAGUUGUGGCAGUGCGGCCCGGUCAGCCUUCUCUGUGGCUGUGACAAAGAGCUACCCUAAAGAACGGAUGCCCAUCCGCUUCAGCCGGAUUCUGCUGAACGAGGGGAAUCACUACAACGCCAGCAGCGGGAAGUUUGUCUGUGUUGUCCCUGGGGUCUAUUAUUUCACAUAUGAUAUCACUCUGGCAAAUAAGCACCUGGCCAUUGGGCUGGUCCACAAUGGACAGUACAAGAUCAAGACAUUUGAUGCAAACACAGGGAAUCAUGAUGUAGCGUCUGGUUCUACUGUCCUCCACCUGCAGCAGUCAGACCAGGUCUGGCUGCAGAUCUUCUACUCAGAGCAGAACGGACUCUUCUUUGACCCUUUCUGGACAGACAGCACCUUCACUGGCUUUCUUAUCUAUGCCGACCAGGACUAUCUCAUUGAGGCUGAUAAAAAAGCUAACGCUCAGGAUGACAGUCAAUCCUGAGAUAGAUUUUUUUAUUAUAGUAACUGGCUAAAGAUUGCUCCACAAUGGAAGGCCUCAGUGAAUCAUUGACAUGUUCUGACACCAGGGGGCACACCAGGAAAGACAAGUCUACCACAGUUGGGGAAACACUUGAAACUGUUUUAAUCUGAGCCCUGUGUUUUGGCCUCAGUAUCCCUAAUGGUGCUAUGAUUCUGACAAGAUCUU